CAUUGGCGCGUGGGGGGAGGGGAAGGAAACUCGCGGCCGCCGCUUCGGAGAGCAUCGGUGAACAUCUCCUGCCCGCUAACCCCUAACAAAACCCCUCCGUGCUGCCACACACACAUUUGUUCAUUACACUGCUAAUUAACACCGUUAGAAGAGAAGUCGCGCUGAUGAUUGUGAUCGCGAGAGGCACUGUUCAUGCAGGCACGGGUACUGUGAUGUCGCAUCUUCAGAAAGCAAACUUCCUUCGCGCAGUCGUGUGAAGUACAUCACAGCGGCACCUUUUCAAGAACAGCAGUAAUUCACAAACCUGGGAGCACUUCUGGCCAAGGACCAUGGAAAAGUACCACGUGCUGGAGAUGAUUGGAGAGGGAUCAUUUGGGAAGGUAUACAAGGGAAGAAAAAGAUAUACUGGCCAAGUUGUAGCCCUCAAGUUCAUCCCAAAGGUUGGUCGCUCAGACAAGGAGCUGAGAAACCUGCGUCGAGAAAUUGAUAUCAUGCGAGGCCUUCAACAUCCGAACAUUGUCCAGAUGCUGGACAGCUUUGAGACUGAUAAGGAGGUGGUGGUUGUAACAGAUUAUGCAGAAGGAGAGCUAUUUCAGAUCUUGGAAGAUGAUGGAAACCUUCCUGAAGAGCAGGUCCGUGAGAUUGCAUGUCAGCUGGUUUCUGCAUUAUAUUAUCUACACUCUCAUCGCAUCCUUCAUCGGGACAUGAAGCCUCAAAACAUACUGCUCGGAAAAGGAGGGGUUGUCAAGCUCUGUGAUUUUGGGUUUGCCCGGGCCAUGAGCAUCAAUACCCUUGUACUGACCUCCAUUAAAGGAACGCCAUUGUACAUGUCUCCUGAGUUGGUGGAGGAGAAGCCAUAUGACCAUACAGCUGACCUUUGGUCCAUGGGCUGUAUCCUCUACGAGCUGUUUGUUGGCACGCCACCCUUCUACACCAACAGCAUUUUUCAACUGGUCAGCCUCAUCAUCAAAGAUCCUGUCAAGUGGCCUAAGAACAUGAGCGCAGAGUUCAGGAACUUCUUGCAGGGAUUGCUGACAAAGGAACCGAAAUUACGUCUUUCCUGGCCAGCACUCCUUCACCACCCAUUUGUGGCUGGAAAAGUUAUUGUGUUGGAUGACAUCUCUGCCGAGGAAACAAAUCCACUGACGGAGGACCUCAGCCCUGAACUUCAGGCACAAAAAGAAAAACAGGCAGCAGAACUGGCACCUACCAGUGGGCAGUCAAAGAUUCUACGCAAGGCACGGCAAAAGAUGGCAGAAGUAGCAAAGAACAAGGAAAAAGAUAAUCAAUGUGGAAACGCACCUCAAAGACAACGAGGUGUUUUGGAGAAAAAGGCUUCUUCACACAGUGCAUUAGCCUCUAAACAUAAAUCAAUGGCCAAACAAGCUGUAAGUUCUGCUGCCACUUUAGCUGUGAAGCAGGUUGGUGAUGCAAGAAAGGAUGAUUGGCAAAUGGAAAAUAGGCCACCCACACCAAAGGUAGAUCGAAUUGGUGCUGAUUACGCAAAAGAAUUUCCAGAGGUGGAGGUCGGAAGCCGUACUCUAACACGGCAGAACCCCAGCGCCGUGCCAGGACGUGCCAACGGAAGCAUCGACAAUGUAGACCUUGACAAUGAGGAGAUGGACAGCGAUGACGAGUGGCAGCAUUUCAUUGAAGCGACGGAUCCUACCAACCUACAGUUGACCACUCCCAUGACACUUUUGUCAGAUGCUGAGUUUUUGACUCGCAUUCGAGCCAGGCUGAGAGACUCAUCCACUCAGGUUUUAGAUGGUAUGCUGGAGGGAGCAUCCAGACUGCGUCCUGUGCUCCAUGUCAUUACAAACCUGUUAGCCACUAAGUGUGACUCAGAGCUGCUGUACACAUUCUGUUGUUCUCUCGAGCUUCCACAUCACUCCCUCAUGCUGCUGGAGCAGAUCUUGGCCAGUACAAGUGUGCGACAACAACCCUGGUGUCUAGCUGUCCUAUUAGACCUAAUCGCAUUACUCAUUGCUUACUUUGCCAGUGAUUUCAACACUAAUCCAAAUAUAUGUUCAGAGAGUUAUGAGAGAUUUGGAAAGUCUGCUGAAGAGUACAUUAAAAUAUUGCAGAAGCUGAUGAAUCAGUCCAUCGACACUGAUCUUCGCCUCACAGAACAAGCCAUGCUAUGCCUGGUGUACCUGUGCGAGGGUAUGGAUGCAAACUCAUCACCCGUGUCUGCAGAUUUUUACUCCAGUUUGCUUUCCAACAACUCCGCUCUCAUUCAGGUUCUGCUGCUUAGUACUCAAACUCAACCAGCUGUGCAGAAAAAAAUAGUUUCCCAUGCUCGAUUGGACCAGGUUUCUGGAGCCUUUAUGGCUGUUAUGGCAGCUUUGCUGAACUUUCCGCUUAAAAACCAACCAUGUUGUGUGGCCAAGACCAAGGUGGUAGAAUUUAUUGUGGAGAGCCUGAUGGAGCCAACACAGCAUCACCUGAUAGAGGGCUUGGUGAAUGACCUCAGCCAUCCUCUGAAGGCCUCAAAUGCUCUACGGGUGCUGUACUCUUGCUGUCAAAUGAGUGGAUCCAUGUGUAAAGCGCUGGCUGAUACACCCAAAUUCUUCAUUUCCACAUUGCAUAUUCUGCAAGGAAAGAUGGAACUGACCGACAUUGUUAGCAGCCAGGCGUUUGAGCUGGUGCUGCAUCUGUUCACUGUGCUGCUCGUACAGCUGGGCCAAGUUCCCCCAGAGCUGGAAGAAAUGGCGAAAUAUAUUGGCUCAAUAUUUGUUGAUUCACAAUUGAUCACCCACAUUUGUGCCACAGGAAUUCUAAUUUCCCAGAUGACAAGCCUGGGCUCAGCUGCAGAAGUCAACUUUGAGGAUUUACUCAACUCUUCCAAGGCUGCUCUAACCAGCCACAUUGAGCUUUUUAUACGGUUCCCGUACGGAUUUGGAAUCUGCGACGGCCUCCUCCAGCUCCUCUUGCAGUUCCUUUGUGAGGGUGAGAGGGAGUUGGUGCAGGGCUUUGCGGAAACUGAAGUGUGGAAUCUGAUGUGGCACCAAUUGGCAGUCGGUCUGCAUCUCUCAGUGUGUGGCCCUGUGAUGGAAGGUGACACGCCACGAUCAGAUGCCCCAGGCUUGGUUCCUGACUGGACCCUCAUCUCUCCUAUCGGGACAUUGGCCUUGUUGAAUUUGGCACAGUUUGUUUUUGCUCAAGAGCCACAGCACUGCAUUAUCCUGCUCUCUCGGUCCAAUUCUGUGGUGGCGGCCGUACUGCUCAAGCUUCUUACUCAGGAUUUCCUUAUUCAUCUCAGCAGCCCAGAAGUAAAGGACCAAUACGAUCUGAGUUUGAGCUCACUUGUUGGAUCAGUGGUGCUGCUCACCUGCCAAAUCCUCUGUUUCCCUUUUGCAAUGGACGUGGAAGACGCAAUGCUCACGGAUGUUCUGACCAUGCUGCGUGACACACAAAUUCUAACUCGCCUGAUGCAGGUGUGCGUGCACCAGCUGUCGGAGAAGCAAUUGGAGGUUCCUCUAGGACUAGUAUCUCGACUUGUGCUCAGUAAUGCUGGAUUUUUGACAGAGUUUGUGAGGUUAAUGAGUGAACAGGAGACUGCAAAAUAUUUGUCUCGCCUUCUGGCAUCGCCUUCUUGCCCUCCUGCUACGCUUGUUGACGUCCUCUCAAUAUUCAGUCAUGUUGCACGAACAACACCGGAGUGUGUUGACCGGCUCCUUAAAUUGUUUUCUGGAAAUGAAUUGUCUACUGGUUCUUUGUCACAAAUGUCUGGUUUCAGCUUGCUGCUCCGCGUGCUGAGCCACGAGAGGAGCACGGUGCGUGCACAAGCAUGCGGCCUCGUUGGUAACCUGCUGCGCCACUCUGCGGCGCCGUGUGGGAGCCUGGCGGUGGGCGGCAGUGAUGUUCUGUCACAGCUCACGGCUUGUCUGGCGGACGGCGAGGAUGGAGUGCGGCGCUCGGCCAGCCUGGCAUUGGGGAAUGCUGCUUACCACGGAGCAGGGCUGGAUGCGUCAGCUCUGGCUCCAACUGUGCCCCACAUCACCAGACUGCUGCAGGACCCCCUGGUGAGAAUACGUUGCAAUGCUGCAGCCGCGCUGGGGAAUCUGGGAGCCGUGGAGGGACUACGCGAACAGCUGGUGUCCUGCCGGGCGCCCCAGCAGUUGGUGUCGCUGGCCUGUGAUGACGUCCACCUAUCUGUGCGGGAGGCUGCUCUCGUCGCGUUGCGCAGCAUGAGCAGAAGCCAGAAGCUCCGAGAGGUGCUGGUGAACAUAAAAGCUCAAGACAAACUUUCUGCAUCCAUGGGCAGCAUGCGGCCCAUUACCAGGGCACCGGCUAGUGGCUUUGUCGCUGACCAAAGCAGUGCUCUCGCAGUAUCGCAUCACUGUGUCAAACUCAUCCACGUACUGCAAGCCUGAAGGAGACUCUUAAAUUCAAGUAAUUCAAGCAAGGCAAUCGCACAAGCAGGAUCUGUCUGUGCAUUAAGCGCCUUGUCAGUUAGAAUGUACAAGGAACAAUGAUGCAACAUGAAAUGUGUGUUAAAUGGGGUAGUUGUCAUCCAAACCCCUAAACCAAGUUAAUUCACAGCUUACGCAGUGAACGUGCUUCACAAAACUCGCCGUGGAAGGAACUCAUGUUGAAGACGAGGACAUUAAAGCCAAUGUGAUGGGGCAAAUAAAAGACAUUUUAACUUCCAGGACGGCCUUCAGAACCUAUACGAUUGCUGGUCUAGAAGGAAACCAUUUCUUGGGAGACCCAUUUUAGAAACUCAGCCAAAUUCCUAUGGAUGUAAGACUUUCCACAAAAGUUUGACCAGACCCUUUUUAUAUUGUAUUGAAAAGUUUUCUUGUGCAGAUGUUAUGGUGGGCUAGGUGAACUGAGUAUUUCGUAUUUACAUAAAUAUGGUAUUUCCCCAAGAAUUGUCAGUUCCCACACAACCUUCUAAAAUGAACACAGGAUAGCGCUUUCCUUCCUCCUGGCCUGUGCCAACGUGCAGAUAAUUGUACGUCAAAAAGAUACAGGCAUUCUUCAUCGCACACCUCCCCCCUGAGAUUGACAAUAUAAAUAACUUGAGCUCUUGUGGACCAUGCACUGCAGCAUCCAAUCUGGUGGGGCAAGGAACAGGUGCAGCCUUGCCUUUCGCCACUUUGGAUGCUGAACCACAUGGACAACUUUCCGUCUACACGAACACAACUGAUUGUGUUUGUGUAGAGCUCCUUCAGAUUCACAAUCUGCGUUAAUCCAAUGUUUGUGAGGAACAUCCAAAGAGCUUUGCGGUCGACAGAGUCAAAAGCAGCUUUGAGAUAUACAUAGGCUACCCAGAACGGACACCGAAACUCCACUUAUUUGUAUGAGAGGUCAAUGUGAUGAUGCAGUCUACGGUGGAACAUCUGGGUGUCAAGCCACCCUGUUCCAUGCAGCACACUUCUGAAAGUGUAUUUUUGACUUGCUAGAAAAAUUGAGGGAAAUCACUUGAAUUGCUGUUCAAAUGCCAGGUCUGACAGUUUUUUUUUAAGUAUCGGGGAGACUCGCAAUUUCUUGCUCGGCAAUCGUUUUAGUCUGAUUCUGAUGGUUGCGAUAACUGGGCAAUGAUCUGUGUCGAACUCCAAGCUCGAGUAAACUCUGCAAUUUAUCAUAGCUUGCCAUCUGGAGUUAAUCUCUAAAGUGCCAGAGACUGCAUUGAAAUCUCUGAGGUACAUAAUGAGGUCCGGUCGUUUUGUUAAGUUUCCAGACUGUUCCAAAGGCUGGUAGGAGUGGAAUUUGAUGUUGUCGGGUGCUUCGUUCAUUGGUGCGUAUGCCACGGCAAUGGAUAAAUCGCCUAGGGUUGUGCCUGAUUCUAGCCAUCGACAGGGUGCCAUUCUAAUAGGGCUGACUUGGCUGUCGGUUCAAGGGCAAUAGCCACCCCAGCAAGUAGAGGGGGAACCAUCAGAAGGCCCCGACCACAGGAUGGUGGUUUCCUCCAGUGGUUUCACCAGCGCCACACCAACGUACCUCCUGGAGGUCCAUGAUACGGAUUUUCACCCUCUCAAGUUCUUUGACGUGUGUGUGUGUAUUGCACCUGGUUGGCAGAGGGUUGUGAUCUUCCAGGUGCCGAUGCGAGAUAGUUUGCGUAGUUUGAGGUUUUCGGUCAUGUCCACCGUAGCACACUUGUCACAGCUGGCCGGUGAAAAAACCAGGCUGCGUGCUCCUUAUUAACCCACGCGACGAGCGAUGCGGUAUGAAUACGUACUUGGUAGUGUCACUCAUGGGGAAUUCUUGGCAGCUAUAUUCCCCUGGUCUCUUGCCAGGAGGCCAGGGUAGUUAGCUGGGAGACUUCAUGUUGGGUUCUCUUGAGCCAACUACCCAGCUGCUCCUUUAACAUCAGAGCAGAGGGAGCUGUUGCUGAGUGUCAGGACAUGUCCACACGCCGGUGGGCCCAGCAUACUGCACCUACGGGGACAGCAUCUGCUCCUUGACCAGUUAUAUCACCGGACGUUCGCAUGUACAGACUCGGUGAUGAUCAGGGGGGACUGCGAGGUGCCUGUACAUACAUUUGGCUGCGGGAGACUCGUGAGAAGCAUCACGUCCCCCCCCCCCACUCUCUGUUGGAAAACAUCUGAAAAAGUUACAUGAAUACAUUGGCUGCUAUGAAGAUUAUCCAGGUUCAUUACUUGAGAAUUAAUUUAGAAAAAGAUUUUAAAACGGCUCAAACUAAAAUUAAGCGACAGAGAAGUAACGCGAUGGCUUUAGAAACGGUCUCAGUUGGUGUCUAAUGUGACGAGCUUGGGAGUGUUGUGUUUUUUGUUUAAUUCUCUGCAGGUCGGCGUGAACUUCCAGGAGAAAUUUAGGAGCCUAUCUUCAAUUAAGAUGACUUGGGUAAACUGAAUUGAAAUGUUUUUUUCUUCCUGGCCUGUAUAGGUAUAAUGCAUGUGUAUGGUUUUAAAGAUACGCUGGUUUUAACCUGUGAAGCUUUACCAAUAUAGAUUUUGUAGAAAAAUGUAUUUGCAAUGAGUCUUGGUGUCCAGGAGGGCGUGGGUUCGAUCCCAACCCCGACGUCUGCAUGUGGUCGUGUGAACUUUUCUCCAGGUCCUCCGGUUUUUCUCUCCACAUUUAGACACGUGCGUUUAGAGUAUUUGGCUGCUAUACAUUUCCACAUGAUAAGCCACUUCGUUGAGCUAUCAUUUGUGGCCAGGUCGCUUCUGAAAAAGCGCCAUCUGUGGGCCUUGCCUAUUUUAGCUCGUGGUUUUAUCUACAAAGUGGCUUCACAAUGGACUCAAAGGCAAUAUAUACCUCUGCCACUCUGGCAAUAUGAUAUAAUUAUGCAAAUUGGUCCAUAAUUUCAAUUUACACCAGCUUGUUUCAUCUUGGACUGUGGAUGUUUGGUCCUCAUCUGUUUAAAGCUCUUCCAACAUGUUUGUUUUAUGAUGGAGGUGUCGACCAGUUAUCUCAGAGCAGCACUCUAGAGCUCCCUCUAGUGGAGGCCCGCCUGCCAGCAGUGGCAUGAGCAGUAAUGCCAGGACUGCAUCUUUACGUUUUUACCUUAGAUCUUUUUUUAAAUGUCCAUGUCAACUUUCUUCACCUGGGUUAAGAUACAAUACUAUAACGUGUGAUGUCUUAAGGGCUAGUACUUGAUAUUUUCAAAUUGAUAUGUUUUUAUGUUGCAAGGCAGCAUUAAUUAUAAACGUGGUGACUUGUGUGAUAUUUUAAAAUAUCUUAAGAUCUGUAAUUUCCAUACACAUCAACUGAUGCAAUGGUUCACAGUGCCAGACAGAGCAAAUGAGGUUAUCAGUUGAAGCAAAAUAAAUUAUCGCAACACCAUAUGUGCAAACAUUCUCCUACAUACAGUAUAUAUUUUUUGCUCGUGAGGUUUGUGGGAAAAAAUUAAUAUUGCCAAUUUUUUGCAUUGAAUGUUGUACAUUACAUGCUGAUUUUAAUAAAUAUUAAAUACCAAUAUGAAUG